AUGGAAUCAGAAAGGAAGACCUUGAGCGAACGAGCCGGAGAACCGAGAAAGAAGGAGAACCUGAGCUCGAAGCCUUUUGCAGGAUCUGCUAAAACCGGACAGCCCAGAGGCUUGGGCGUAUCGAAGACAGGUGCCUCCCGGGUACCUACAAAUGGGUCAAGGCUUAGGCCUCCGCCAGGCACACGGAAUAUUCCCCGCCCGCAGACGUCAAUGGGCCAUCCCAAUGUCGAGAAAGGGGUGAUCUCGCGACCCGUGACCUCCUUAGAUGGCCGUGAUGUUGGCUCAAGCCGAAAUGGUGCGCGUCAGCCCUCAUCCCUUGUAUCCCCUCCGCCUCCCUCUCUUUCUCCCUCAUCUAAGCCCAGAUCUCCUGAUAAUUUGUUCCCUACUGGGAGUUGUGAUGGCCAGGUUGAUGCUUCAUCCAAUGGGUUGAGCUUAUCGCUGGAUCACCCUACCUUUUCCUUCCGCAACUCAUCAUUAUGCACUGCUAUGCAAUCACUCUCCCUUAACCACACGCCCCCCUUAAAUAUUGAAAGACACAAUAAAAAGCCACAACACACUGAAGUCCAAGCUUGGGACCAGGACGAAAAGGAGCAAAGGAUGUCGGAUAGCAUGAUCCAUGUCCACCAGAUUGUUGAGGAGAUGGCCAAGCAAACGGCUGCCAUGACAGAAACCACUGAGUUAUAUAAAUCACGUACCCAAAUGCUUGAGGAAAACCAAACAAAACUCCUCAAUCAAAAUGCGGACCUACGGGUUGAACUAGAGGCUACGAAGAAUUCACUAUCGAAUGCGGAGGCAAAGCUGAAAGACGUAUCUCGUGAACAAGAAAUUACCCUCAAUGAGCUGGCGACCCAGCACCGAAACCAGUCGGAAAAAAUACGGCAGGAUGCUAAAGCGGAAAUCGAAGCACUGAGGAUACAACACAGAGCGGAGCUCGCUGAGACUAGGCGAAGAUUCGAAACUGAAUUGGCCGUCGAGCGGCAGUUACGAGCACAGGAGCUCGAGCAAAUGGCUGCACAGUCAUCCCUGGAAAAGCAACGUGGCCAGCUAGAUCUAAGUAACAAGGAUCGAGAGAUACAGGACUUGCUCAUACAGAAGGAGAGGUUACAGGGCGACCUUGAACGAGAACAUGCUCUAAACAAAGAACUACAACAAAGUUCUAUUGUAAAUGCUAACAACACUGUUACUCUAGAAUCGUCAAUACGUGCAUUAAAAGCAAGAAUCGAGUUCCUAGAAUCAGGCAGUAAAGAGCAAUCAGAUGCAUUUGCAAAACUUGAUAAAGAACUCCGGGAGGCGCUUGACGAGACCAAUGCCACCAAGGCACAACUACGGAAAGAAGAAACACUUCGAAGGAGACUGCAUAAUCAAAUUCAAGAGCUAAAAGGAAACAUUAGAGUGUUUUGUCGCGUCCGGCCAGUACUAGCCACUGAUACAGGUGAAAACAUUGCGAAUAUUUCCUUCCCAGAUGAAGAUAUGGAGUGCAGAGAAAUCGUGGUUCGGGGACCAGAAGAGAGAUCAAGCCUAGGAGUCAACGCAGAGGUGUUUGAGGAAAUCAGUCAGCUGGUGCAGAGCGCUUUGGACGGCUAUAACGUGUGUAUAUUCUGUUAUGGCCAGACGGGCAGCGGUAAGACGCAUACAAUGUCCUCUGAAGAUGGCAUGAUACCCCGUGCUGUUCGCCAGAUAUACGACACUGCCAGCGGUCUUAAGGAGAAAGGUUGGGAGUAUACGAUGGAGGGAAGUUUCGUGGAGGUGUACAACGAGAACAUCAACGAUCUUCUAGGGAGGGCUGAGGAGUUUGACAAGAAGAAGCACGAAAUCAGGCAUGACCUCCAAAAAUGCCAGACUACCGUUACCAAUGUCACAACAGUCAGGCUUGACUCCCCCGAAAAGGUUGAAACCAUCCUUCGUCGAGCCUGGACAAACCGAUCUGUUGCUGCUACUAAAGCCAACGAGCGCUCCUCUCGCUCUCACUCGGUCUUUAUCCUCCGGCUUGUGGGUGAGAACUCGACUACGGGUGAACACAGUGAAGGCACUUUGAAUUUGGUAGACCUUGCAGGAAGCGAGCGUCUUAGCCACAGUGGCAGUACCGGAGACCGGCUCAAAGAGACCCAGAAUAUUAACAAGAGUCUCAGCUGUCUGGGGGACGUUAUAGGCGCUCUAGGACAGGGUAAGGAGGGCGCACAUAUUCCAUAUAGAAACAGCAAGCUCACCUACCUUCUUCAAUUCUCUUUGGGGGGAAAUUCUAAAACACUCAUGUUUGUGAUGGUUAGCCCCCAGCAGGAUCAUCUCAAUGAGACCCUGACCAGCCUGAAGUUUGCCGCAAAGGUCCAAAAUACACAUGUAGGCACGGCAAAGCGCCAAACGCGCAUACGUGAUUCAUGA